CGUGCUGGGUCUAGAUCUGCCGUUUUCCACCAAGACGCCUCGCGUUGCGGAGCGAACGGCAUCCAUCGACAUUCCAGCUCCCGAGCGUGGGCAUUGCCAGGACGCAGCGUUGUUCUCUCGCUGGUGUCAGGACACCGGCGCUGCAUUGCAGAGCCGGCUAGAUCAGAGUGCAGAAAUUUUGUUUCUUGCCCACUCGCUCAGUCGGCACGAAGACGAGUAUGCGACAUUGUUCGAGACUGAAAUCCUUGCGGAAACGAUAGCACGUCGCCGCUCCGACGAAAUGGUGGAUUGCGCCCUUCCGUUGGACGACGAUUAUCGCUUUGACGAAGUCAGUGCGGCAGGCGAAGACGAAAGCUCAGCGGCCUACUUGCAGGCAAGCAACGGCAGCGCAGGGGCAGGCAAUGGGUCUACGGAGAUCAACUCAUUCGCCGACUCCGCGGAAACUGGGUACGAGAGACACUCGGCUUCGCGUCGGUACUUGCUUGCGCUUCAAACGCGGCUGCUUGCUUUGGCUGCACGAAGUUGCGCUACUGAGGGCAUGACCGGGAGUAGCGGAAAUGAAACGAAUACCACACGGCAACUAGCAGCACUGCUUGAAGAAGUCGCUGCAGAGAGUGACAGCGACUUUCCUGCCGACUUGCUGUCUGGCGAGGGGAGCAGGUCCUCCACGCAACAACUUCGUGCGUUGGCGCAUUUCGAGGGGGCAAACUUCGCAACCAAAUUUUACUCCCAGGCUUUGCCGAUCUUUCCAUCGACGAGUCAGCAGCUCCAAGCGCGUGCCUGCACGGAACCGGAC